AGCGGAACGAGCAUUCUGUUGGCCGUGACGUAAGUUUUGUCCUAUCUCAUGCUUUCAUGAGAUAUCGUGUCGCUGUAUAAUGCUAACCUUCCAAACAGUAUGAUCUACAGCUACUUCGAGAUCGCCGCGAAGGAGGGCGACAUCGCCGGCCUCAAGGGCAUGGUCCUCGGCUAAGCGGCAUGCUGCAACGUUGCCAGCACAAUGGAGCGCUCCCUCCCUUUCUGAACUUGGCGUGGGCGGUGCCAACGGGUUGGGACGAUGCACUCGGCAACUCCAUUCUGGAAUCUCAACCGCCUGUUCUACCCAAGCACGUUUUCCAGGCCAUCUGCCUCCCUUGCACCCUUGCACCUCCCGCCGGUCGGUUCGGCCAUACCGGGAUGCAACGCCAUUUCUCUAGACGUGGGGUCGACCAGGUGUCGUCAUGGUGGACCCAAAAACCCUGUACUAAAAUAUCAAAUUUACCGGAUGAAUGCAUACUGGCGGCGGGACUGGGCUGAUUAUUUGGUGUUCGUUCUCUGCUGGUUUUAGGACUUCGUGUAGAAUUACUUAUGGCCACUGCAAUUUCUCGAGCGUAUGUCUCUGUCGUUACAUAGUCGUGUUGUGUAUUGUUCAAUUGUCGUUCAUGUCGCGUGGCUCUAACCCUUCCACCCAUAUAAAAUCCUGGUGCUUGGGGUUGUUUAUGUUUCACUGCCAUUAUUCCCAUGGAAGAUCACCACCGCACUGCAACAUUUAUCCAUUGCCCUCAUGUUUCCGAACAUCCGGUCACGGCAGGAAUCGUAAUAAUAGUACGCAACCUUCACGUUUAUUAGUGCCAGCUCUCGC